AUGUCCAACGAGGGUGGAGGGACGUGGGAGCGGAAGGGGCUGGAGAUGAAGGGCGGCGGUUUCUACAGUGCGCACACCAAGGGCGCAGGAGCAGCCAUCAUGAACGCGCUGCCGCUCCUUCUUGAGGCGCUGCAGGGUGCGCUGGCCACCGGUGACCCUGCAUCCAACAAAGCGGAUGAGGCAUCUUCAGCGUCACGUCUACCCACCGACCUGUCCCUCUUCACCAUCGCCGACUAUGGUCUGAUGCGACGAGCGGUCGAGGCGGUGCGAGCUGCGCGGGGUGCGGGCGUGGGCGUGAGCAUCACCUACACGGACAGGCCCAGCAACGACUUCUCGGCCCUCUUCGAGACGCUUCUGAACCCGGCCAACGAGGAGAGCCCACUUUAUGGCAACUCUGACGUCUACGUCUUUGCCUGCGGGCGGUCGUUCUACGAGCCCAACUUCCCGCCGGAGUCGAUUCACCUGGGCUUCUCGGCGACGGCCAUGCACUGGCUCACCGGCGUCCCGUGUCCCCUGGCGCAGCACGUCCAGGCCGUGGGCGCCAGCCCCGACGAGAAGGCGGUCUUCCAGGCUCACGCCAGGAAGGAUUGGGAGACCAUACUGCUCCACCGAGGCAGGGAGCUGGCCAAGGGCGGACGGCUGCUCCUCGUCAACUUCUGCGUGGACGAGCAGGGCAGGUACCUCGGAAACACCGAAUACCAGCAGUCCAUGUUCGACGUCAUGAAUAAGCUGUGGAAGGGCAUGGCGGACGAGGGCCUGAUCACUCUGGACGAGUACCGCCAAACGGCGUUCGCCCAAUACUACCGAACCAAGGAGGAGUUCCUGGCGCCCCUCACGGACCCAACCAGCCCGGUGGCCUCGCUUCGACUCAAGGUCGACGCCUGCAUGACCGACAUCGUGCGCUGCCCGUAUCGCCAGAGCUUUGGCAAUGGCGAGUACGACGCGGUGUCGUAUUCGCACGCGCUGUUGGGUACGAUCCGGUCGUGGAGCGAGGGCGUCUUCCUGGCGGGGCUCAACGCGAGCCGCGAGCGCCAGCAGUCUAAAGAGCUGGUCGACCUCUUCUACGAACGCUAUCGCGCCCUCGUCGAGGCCUCGCCCACCGAGCACGCCAUGGACUACGUCCACUGCUACCUCCUCCUCCACAAGGAAGCCUGA